AAAAAAAAUUUUAUUUAGUAUGGGUAUGGUACACGACGGAGUUCAAAAUCAGUGUGGACGUAGUUGCUGCUUAAUGUCAGCAGUUAAUGGUGCUGGAAAAACAACAUGGAGCAGUUGUUCAGUUCGCGAAUUUAAUGCGUUUUUGUUGCAGAUGGAUGAAAGUGGCAGAGGAAAUUGUCUUAGAGAUUCCUCCGAAUCUAUUGCAAGUAUGCAUUUUAACUUUUACUUAUAA